AUGAAUAGUUCGAUAGUUAAUAUUAUGAAUCUUCCGGAUGAAAUACUUAUUAUUAUUUGGAAUAAAUUGAGUAAGAUUGACGUACUUUAUUCAUUUUUAAAUGUUAAUAGAAGAUUCGAUAAACUAGUACGUGAUAAGAUUUAUACUCGUUCGAUUGAAUUGAUUAAAAACAAUUGUCAAACAUUCAACUUCAAUAUAAUUACUUAUGCUUAUGCUAAUAAUCAAUUGUAUGAAAACAUUAAAUGCACAUUUCUCAACGGGAAAUUCAGUCAAGUUGACUUUUACUUAGAUCAAUAUCCAAAUGGAGAGGCUCGAUCUCACAUCUACUCACUUCCAUACAAAAUCAAUGUCAUGCAUGAUAUUAGUAGUAACUUUCCUAUAGGUCUAUUUACCAAUGUCCAUGACAUAUGGUUGGCGGAUAUUUUUUGUCCAUUUGAGCAUAAAUUCUAUGAUCGAAUUGCUCGUUCUUUUCCGUUUCUAACUGAGCUAACUGUUAUUAACUAUAUACCACGAAAUUAUAAACCAUUACAGGAAGCAAACAACAAUAAUCAAGUAUCAUCGGUUAUUGUAUUUCCUCAUCUCACGCAUCUCCACAUAUGUUCUGCGAAUAUUAAUGUUGCCGAACAAUUUUUAGUUGAUAACAACACGCUUUUACCACGCCUCAUUCAUCUUUCAAUUCUAUAUCGAUAUAUAGAGGAAGUCACAGAAAACUUUACACGCAAAGCAACGCGUCGAAAUUGUGUUAAUAUAAAACGUUUAAACUUUUUUUUUUCGACACAAUUUGUGCAUUGCGAAGAAUUUUAUCUAUAUUUUCCUUGCUAUAAAUGA